AUGGCUAAAUGUUCUCGCCAAUGUAAUAAUGCCUUUGAUCAGGCAUUUAUGUUUCCGCCGCAGAAUCCCGCCUGCAGCGCCCCAAAUCAAUCAGAUUUCGAACCUAUACAAAGAGGCAGGAAGAGGUCUUUUGAAGUUGAUAUUUGCCCAUUCUGUAACUCCGGUGAUUCCUUCGAAGCCCUCCAGCUCCCGGAUCUUAUGGAAAGCAAUAUCCCUCUAAAGCGCUCCAACUGCUAUCAAUCAUGUCAAAAAUUUAAAAUAUCACGUGUUAAACGUUCUUCUGAAGAGUCUGACUUCUCUAAUGACUCAAUAGAAGUCAAUAAUCUCAUGAAAUCUCAUGAUUUCUUUGAUUUAUCCAAACCUGUUCAACCAACAGCUAAGAUAACUUCUUUCAAAUCAGUACCACCAUCGCGUUUUCAUGUUGAUGUACUCCCAGUACUAUGUCAGCAGCAACCUGUUGCUGUUGAUGAUCUUAUUCAAUUUUAA